GGGUAUCAUUACAGUCCGGCUGCUCCCAGAGAAGCCGCUUCAACCCAGCCUGGAAGACGGGCGGCUCUCGGCGGCACGGCUAGACAUCUGGGACCCCGAGGACCAGGCAUCUGGGACCCUGAGAGCCGGGGAUCUGGGACCUCCCCCCAAGUCCUACUCCACCUGCAGCACCACCGGCCGCAGCUCCCAUCACCCGAUCGGCUCCCUGCCGGGCUUCAGCAGUGGGCCGGGAGCCCAGCCCCACCUGCGGCGACAGAGGAGCACAAGGAAAGCAGGUAAAUGGGGGCCAGGCAGUCUGUUGCCCGCUGCAAGGACAAGGGCCCCCCGGGGCGGGGGGUCCUGCGGGGGAGGCAGAAGUUCUCCCCGUGGGACGAUGCUCUGCUCUCGGGGAGGGACCCGCGCUGUCUGCUGAAGCGGGGCCUGCGGCACGUCAGUUUCAGCCUGGUCACCAAGGGCAUGACGGAUGCUCCCGACUUCCUGUGGAGCCUGUCAGAGGUGCAGAAGCUCAACCUGUCCCACAACCAGCUCCGGGUCCUCCCGCCCGAGGUGGGGAAGCUGACACGGCUGGUGGUCUUGAACUUGUGCGGGAACCGCCUGAAGACCCUGCCCCGGGAGGUCAGCCUCCUCCAGAGCCUCAAGGUCCUGUUUGUGCACAUGAACUGCCUGACGGAGCUGCCGGCGGAGCUGAGCGCCUGCCGGAACCUGGAGGUCCUGAGCCUGUCGCACAACUUCCUGUCCCAGCUCCCCGCCAGCCUCGCCGACCUCUCCCGGCUGCGCAAGCUGAACCUCAGCCACAACCGCUUUGCCCACAUCCCCGUCUGCGUGUUCUCGCUCAGGGAGCUCGACUUCCUGCACGUGGGCUCCAACCGCCUGGAGAACAUCGCCGAGAGCAUCCAGUGCCUGGCCAGCCUGCAGAUCUUCAUUGCCGAGAGUAACAAUAUCCACGCCUUCCCCCGCUCCCUCUGCCUGCUCACGAGGCUGGAGCUGCUGAACUUGAACAACAAUGACAUCCAGACCCUCCCCGAGGAACUCUACCUGCUGUGCAGACUGGCCAGGAUCGCUUGGAACCCCAUGGACAAAGGGCUUCACAUUUCCCACAACCCUUUAUCCAAACCUCUGCCGGAGCUGCUGGAGGGGGGUCUGGAGAUGCUCUUUAGUUACCUGAAGGACAAAAAACACACCUGACAUGGGCGCCGGAGACACAGACAGACUCAGCCGGGUAAUUUCCUGGUCUAAACCUUCUCCUCUUCCUGUUUCUGUGGGUCGAUGCUUGUGCUAUUCUUUGCUAAAUCACACUGAACGCCCUUUCUAAGGAGGUGUUUGCUUUUAGCUCUGUAUGUUCUUAAUAACCCGCAUAAUACUAUGUUCAUCUCCUUCUAAACAUUAAUUGAAAGAGGACUUGGGUUUUCCCCAAAGAGGAAUAAUUCUGAUUCUUCUGGGGAGCGGUGGGAUUCAGCCUUUGGAAGGGAGAACAGCUGGUCUGAUUCAAAGUCAAUCAAAAGUGAAAUAUUUGCUAAGUACGUGCAGUGGGCCAGGUACGAUAUAGGAGGCAUUGACACCAUCUGGUUUCAGCCCCUGAAUUGGCCACGUGCAGCUGGGUAGCAAUGGCAAGACAUGCUGCCACCUCAGCCGCCAUCAAUCAUCCCUUGGGACCAAAGAGCAAGCUGGGGCCCUGCCCUCCCGGCAAUGACCAAAUCAGCCAGAGCUUCCACACGAGUCCGGGGGGAAACAACCACAGGAAGUUUGCCUCCAGAAUGACUGUCGGGUAACAAUCCAGGCGCUCAUGCUGACGUCUGGUGGUGAGUGACGGGGGUACAGCG